CCCGGAUGCUGAUGUUUGAGCCUAUGGGAUGAAUAGAAGCAGGCAGGAGGAGAGAGGAAAGAUAAAGAGGAUCGUAACGAGUUCUGGAUAACGAUGCGCAACUUUUGACUCUUUUUUUUUAAAUUAUUAUUAUUAUUUGACCAAGUGCUUAUUUUUUGGAGCCGUUUUAAAGAGGGAGGGGUUUAUAUGCGGUGAUGGUGUGAGCACAGCCGGUCAGAAGGAGACACAGGAGGACAGGAUGCUGCUGCUGCUUUUUGGUUCCAGGAACCGAGUCCACUUCGACAGGUUCUCCUAAUCCAAAGACGUCUUCGUCCAAAAAAAAAAACAAAAACCAAAAAACACGGACGAACGAGUGCAUGGGAGGAGCCUGCGGGGCCCGGCGUUAACUCACCACCUCCGACCUGGGAUGAGCCUUACUGCAUUGCGAGCCGAACCGGGCCCACAGCCGUCUUCGUUCAGCUGUUCCGAAUCAGCAUUCUAGUGCAAUGUCGGGGAAGAUGAGCAGUAAGGAGAUGGCCCAGUCCAGCCAGUACGUGGGGCCUUACCGGCUGGAGAAGACCCUCGGGAAGGGACAGACCGGACUGGUAAAGUUGGGUGUCCACUGCAUUACAGGGCAGAAAGUGGCCAUAAAGAUUGUCAACAGAGAAAAACUGUCUGAAUCAGUUCUCAUGAAGGUGGAAAGAGAAAUAGCCAUUCUCAAACUAAUCGAGCACCCUCAUGUUCUGAAGCUGCAUGAUGUCUAUGAGAAUAACAAGUAUCUGUACCUGGUGUUGGAGCAUGUGUCUGGUGGAGAGCUUUUUGACUAUCUGGUGAAAAAGGGCAGGUUGACCCCCAAAGAGGCCAGGAAGUUUUUCAGACAGAUCAUCUCAGCUUUGGACUUCUGCCAUAGUUACUCCAUAUGUCACAGGGACUUGAAGCCUGAGAAUCUUCUUCUGGAUGAGAAGAACAACAUCAGGAUAGCAGACUUUGGAAUGGCCUCACUACAGGUUGGGGAUAGUCUACUGGAAACUAGUUGUGGAUCCCCACAUUAUGCUUGUCCUGAAGUGAUAAGGGGGGAGAAGUAUGAUGGCCGAAGGGCAGACGUCUGGAGUUGUGGAGUCAUUCUCUUUGCUCUUCUUGUGGGUGCUUUGCCGUUUGACCAUGACAACCUACGGCAGCUUCUAGAAAAGGUUAAAAGCGGAGUAUUCCAUAUGCCCCACUUCAUACCACCUGACUGUCAAGCAUUGCUCAAAGGAAUGAUAGAAGUCAACCCUGACAAGCGACUCACGUUAGAAGCAAUCCAGACCCACGCCUGGUACCAGAGCGGUCGCAAUGAGCCUUGCCCUGAGCAGCCGCCGCCCCGCCGUGUGUGUGUGACGAGGGUGCUGUCGUUGACCGACCUUGACCCUGACGUCUUGGAAAGCAUGUAUUCUUUAGGGUGCUUCCGGGAUCGGGUCAAACUCACACGGGACCUUACAAGUGAGGAAGAGAACCAGGAAAAGAUGAUUUACUACCUCCUGUUGGACAGAAAAGAGCGCUACCCCACCUAUGAGGAUGAGGACCUGCCACCCAGAAAUGAUGCCGACCCACCCAGGAAGCGUGUGGACUCCCCUAUGUUGAGCCGUCAUGGCCGCUGUAGACCAGAGAGGAAGAGUCUGGAGGUUCUCAGUGUUACUGAACAAGGCUCUCCCACACCCCCCCGCAGGAACCUGGACACUAAUGCACACAGUCAAAGGUCUCGAUCAGUGAGUGGAGCAUCCACAGGUCUGUCCUCUAGUCCUCUCAGCAGUCCUAGGAGCCCGGUGUUCACUUUCAGCCAAUCAGAAGUCAACUCAGCUUCUUCCUCCAAAGAUCCCAAACCAGCGAGCGCAACCACUGCUCGGCCUAUCCGCCCAGCACCCGACCCAAAAACUCAGACCCUGCCCUCAAAGGGCCCCACCGACCGUCCCCAUCUCAACUCCAUGAAGUCCCUCCCUCUCCAGACACCACGCACACCAUCCCCCUCCCCCUCCCCUCUUCUCUCUCCCAUCCCGCGCUUUUUCAACUUCCCCUCUCCUUCUGUCUUCAAAUCCAAAAACACCCACUCGUCCUCUAACUCCUCUGCCACCACUCCUCCCGUGUCACAGGUCACGCCACAAGGCUCACCACUUCCCACCCCGCUGGGCACGCCUGUGCACCAAAUGCAACACCCUUCCUCCACCACCCCUCCCUCCUCUUCCUCUUCGUCCUCUUCUCCCAGAGCGGAUGGGUCUGGAGGGGCGUCUCUGUCGCUGACACCGCCCUCCAGCCCGGGUAGCAGUGGCGGUCUGGCGUCUUCAAGCUCUGCCCACUGGAGAACAAGGCUCAAUUCGUUCAAAAACAACCUGCUGGGGUCACCACGCUUCCAUCGACGUAAACUUCAAGUCCCAACAUCGGAGGACAUGUCAAGUUUGACUCCAGAGUCCAGUCCUGAACUGGCUAAGAAAUCCUGGUUUGGUAACUUCAUCAGCCUGGAGAAGGAGGAGCAAAUCUUUGUUUUGAUUCGAGACAAACCCCUCAGCUCUAUAAAGGCAGACAUCGUCCACGCAUUUCUGUCUAUCCCGUCCCUAGGCCAUAGUGUUGUGUCUCAGAACAGUUUCCGGGCAGAAUACAAGUCCUCUGGUGGCCCCUCUGUCUUCCAGAAGCCUGUCAAAUUUCAGGUGGACAUCGGUUUCUCUGAGGGAGACAGGGAGCAGGAAAGGGAGCGAGCAGAAAGGGAAGGCAGAAGAGAGAUGGGCAUAUACAGCGUCACCUUCACGCUAAUAACAGGUCCUAGUCGCAGAUUCAAGAGGGUGGUGGAAACCAUUCAGGCUCAGCUCCUUAGUACUCAUGAUCAGCCUUCUGUGCAGGCACUGGCUGAUGAGAAGAAUGGCAAACCUUCCCGCCAGCCCAGCACACCUUCACGUCAGAAUUCCAGGCGUUCCGAAAGCGGCUCUGAAAAAGAUCAGGCAGCCGACGCAGCGAGUGGAAGCGGAAGCAACAGCGGGAGCGUCUUACAAAGGCAAGGCUCGGGAAAAGACAAGGCUAGACUUCUUUCCACAUCCAACGGGAUGCAGUCCCACCCCUGAAAAGAAUGUCAUUGAAAAGAGGCGGGAUGUCUCCUCUGACCUUUCCUGUAUCCUUCCCACAUCCUUUCAUCAAAAAUGUUGCUCUUUGGCCAUCAUUCCCUCGCAAUGGAUAUUGGAAGAGGGAAGAUUUUAUUUCCAGCUCUACUAUGGAUAUGGAAGAGCUGAUGUUUCCCAAUCAAGGACAAGUUAGAAGAAAAAAAAAAGAAAGUCUCACAAGAAAACACGCUCACUUGCUAAAGAAGAAAGCACACAACCUUCUCACUAAUGUAUCGGAUGCUUCACGUCGCUCACACUGCUGAAAACCUCAGAUCACCUCAAGACGCUCUCAUUAACAUCUCCUGUGCUCACGAAUGACCCUCAACCUCAUCUCACCCCUAUCACGAUGAGUCGAAUGAGCUGAAGGAAUGUCUAUUCUUCAAAUGAGCAAAAAAAAAAGGUUUGUUUGCAAGGGCAAUAUGCAAAUGAAUGCCGUACUUUACCAACGUCUAAUCGCUGAUGAAAACACACAGACAUGACACAGAAUGGAUAAGACAGAACGGGGUGUAAUGUAACCCUGCAAAUACCGUGUGUGUGUGUGUGUGUAUAUCACAAGUAAGAUUCACCCUGAGAUUCAUUCAGUCUCACAUUUAUUUCUGAAAUAUGCUGAUAAACGCUACCAUACCGUAUUGCCUUUAAUGGAGGAGAAAUAGUGGAUGGCCGUGUAGAUGUAUGCCCAUUUUCCACUCACCAUGCACCCCCCCACGUGUAGAGUCCUGUAGAGGAAGACCGAACACAUAGAAAUGGCUUACCAUGGCGAUUCAUGCAAAAGAAGGAUACGGUGGAACUCUUUUAAGUCAACUCCAUUGAUAACCACAGCAUAAAAAGAACAGGAAGAUUCAUGUUACUCGUCCUGUAUCAUUCAUUCAUUCAUUCUUUUUCUACCGCUUAUCCUCACGAGGGUCGCGGGCAUGCUGGAGGCUAUCCCAGCUGUCUUUGAGCGAGAGGCGGAGUCCACCCUGGACUGGUAGCCAGCCAAUCACAGGGCACAUAUAGACAAACAACCAUUCACACUCACAUUCAUACCUAUGGACAAUUUGGAGUCGAUAAUUAACCCAGCAUGUUUUUGGAAUGUGGGAGGAAACCGGAGUAUCCGGAGAAAACCCACACAUGCAAACCACUCGACCACCGUGCAAUUUGAUAUCAAUUUCAGAAAAUUUCAUACUACUAAUGCAUUUUCUCACUAAUAACACAAACUAAGCUGCCGGAUUUUUUUUAAUUAUCAAUAAUUUCCAUUGGGCUGCAUGGCGGACAAGUGGUUAGCACACAGGCCUCACAUUUAGGAGACCUGUUUUAAAAUUGGCUUCUUUCCAUGUGCCGUAGAACCUUGGUUAGCGUCAUUGACCAGACUUUAACCAAAACAUAAUCUAAACUAAUAAAAUUUUCCCAUAAGAAAUAAUGUAAAUCCAAUUUAAAAUUUAUUUUCAUAGUUUAUUUCACGCGGUCGAGUGGUUAGCACGCAGACCUCACAACUAGGAGACCCGAGUUCAAUUCCAACCUCGGCCAUCUCUGUGUGGAGUUUGCAUGUUCUCCCCGUGCAUGCGUGAGUUUUCUCCGGGUACUCCGGUUUCCUCCCACAUUCCAAAAACAUGCUAGGUUAAUUGGUGACUCCAAAUUGUCCAUAGGU